GGGCUCGGUCCUACGCAAUGGAAAGGGGGCGCGCCCGACUUAAAGCAGCGCGUUGUCCAGUGUUGAUGUGUCGCAGAUUUUAAAAAGUGAGGGAGGCAGGAGUUUGGUUGUGAGGGAAGCGCAGAGACUCAGCGCUCAAAACUACUGUCCACACCGGGAGCAAGCGGAAGCCGUGACACUUUCAACGGUGUUUUCCCUCCUCUUUGCCUUUCUUCUUCUUCUUCCUUUUUUUUUUUUUUGUACUUCUGCACUUCGACAGAAGCAGUAGAGACACAGUUUGCGUCCUGUUUGGAGCGUGUGGAGCAGCGCGCGGCGAUGGAGCUGUCAUCCAUAGGAGAUCAAGUGUUCGCAGUUGAGUCAAUAACAAAGAAGAGAGUGAGAAAGGGUAAUGUGGAGUAUCUACUGAAAUGGCAGGGAUGGCCCCCAAAGUACAGCACUUGGGAACCAGAGGACAAUAUUCUGGACCCACGCCUGGUCCUGGCCUACGAAGAAAAUCAGGAGAAGAUCAGAGCUCUGGCCUAUCGCAGGAAAGGACUCAGACCCAGGAGGCUCGUCCUGCGGAGCAUCUUUGCCAUGGACCUCCGCAGCGCCCACAAGGACGCAGAGAAGACCCCGCCCCGGCUGCGUCUCUCCCUCACCCGCUCCAUGAGCACAGAUGUGGACCAGGGUGAGAGGGGCAGCAUGUACCAUCGCUCAGUCAGGAGGAAGAGCAGGCAGAGGGUGGCUAAACGAAGGCAAGAUGGGCCCUCAAACAAACCCAUCCGUCCUCUGAGGAAGAAGGAGGAGCCCAUGGAGGAGGAUUGGAGCGGCAUCAGCGAAGAGGAGAAGCAGGAGUCUGAAAGCACCACUGAGGACAGACGCGAAGACAGUUUAUACGGUCAGUCAGAGUGCAGCUCCCCGCCCCUGCUGGAGCGCCAGGACUUAGAGAUGGAGGCGGAGGAGAAGGUGGAUGCUGAUCUGACAGCAUGGACUGACGGACCGGGCGGAGGGACAUCAGAAACUACACAGAGCCAAACAUUAGCGUGCAACCAAUCAAAGGACAGCGCCUCAGUGCCUGUGACCGGACCAGGAGAUGCGGUUACCGUGGGCGACAGGUCAGAUUGGGACACAGGUGAGGAGGGUGUGGAGUCAGGGUCAGAAUGUCCCAGAUUAGAGAGAAUCAACACAACUUCGGUGAUAGUGAGCGUACAGGGGAGCGGCGAGACGGAAGGUGCUGACACCGCUGCCGCUGCUGCCGCCGCCGCCGCCGCCGCCGCCGCUGCUGCUGAUGCCUGCUCCACUGCUGAGGUCAGGAACGAGGAGGUGGGAGGUGACAAUCAGAGCGUUACCACGACAACACCAGGCAGUCAGUCCGAUCAAACUACAGCAGAGCAUCCCGGGAAGGUGAUCGUGACAGAUGUGACUAUCAACUCACUGACGGUGACUUUUAAAGAAGCCAUGGUGGCUGAAGGCUUCUUUAAGGGCUAUUGAACGAAGAGAGAGAAUUAAAUAACCAUAAUUAGACUUGCCACUCAUUUUCUACAUGUAAAUAGUGUAAGAUAAUUCCACAUGUUUACAAAUCUACACUCAUUUCCUACUGAGUUCAAUGAAGACGUUAUUGCCUUUGAAUAGAAAAGUGAGUGGUAAUUUCAUCAUUGUGGCUCAUUUAUUGGCAGGACAGGAAGUCUGAGGUCCCUGAAAAUGUGCUCAAAUCAUCUGUUGUAGUGCAGCAGAGUAAGUGGAUCGCAGCGGCGUUUUUUGAUCCCCGGGGCCGCUGGGUUCACUGAGAGCGGGAGACAGAUGUUGAGGCAGCGGUCUAAAAACGUUACAGUCUACAUUACUACUUCCAUGCAGCUACUUUCUCCAGUCGUCCUCAGUGCUUUCCAGCCAGACGUUGGUCUCACACUCAGAUCUGUUCUCGGGGCCGGUUUCAGCAGCUCCUCUUUCUUACCAAUAAUGUUUUGUAAAAAAUAUUGCUCUUUUUUUCAGUAUUCGCACAGAGCUAACCGCAUGCCCUGUCAGUCUGUGCCACACACACACACAAAGCUCUGUCCUGUGUUUUAUUGAAGAGGUUUAUUUCUGUCACAAAAGACAUAAAACAAAGAGAGAGAAUUAAUGUCUGCUGCUUAGAUGACGCUCUGCAUUUCAAGAAGGAUGGAUGCACAAAAAGAAGUACACGGUUGUGUUUGCUGUCUGUCUGUCUUUUUACUUUACAAGUAUAAAAUGCUACCUGGUUCUAUUUUUGUAUUACCAAUUGAUAGUCCGCUCUUUUCACUAGCCUUUGUGCAUUUCAAAAGAGGAGAUAUCAGUUUACACUGCCGCUGUCGACGCUGUGUAGGGUAAUGUACAAAUGGAAGCAAAUGUACGUUAGGUCACUGUAGUGAGCUGUUAUUUAUUGCAUGUCACAUGUAUAAGCUGAACUAACUUAUGUCACUUAAUGUGUGUGAAUCAGUCUUUUAUCUGACAAAGAUAAUCUGUCAAACAUGUCUUCUCUCUAAAAAUAAAUUUUUAUUUUGACUGCAUUUCCAAUAAAUAUGUACUAAAAUAAAU